AGGAUUUUCGGCGAUAGAAGAGCGGGAUACUUAUUUUUCUUUGUCAGUAUGUAGUUAAAGUUAAAUCUACAUCAUCCUAAUCUCACCGCUAUCGGUCUAUCCCGCAUCAGCGUGGAGUUCUUCUUCCCUUCUUGGUAGCUUUCGGGAACAUGGCUGGGAUUUCGGCGGAUUUGUUUGGCCGAUGGCUGCCGUCAGAGAGAGCCGAGGGCUUGUGACUCCUCUGACGUUAACUAUACCCAAUCUUUUUAUUCGUAUAUCCUGUUCCUAUUUUAUUCUCUCCGUCUCUCUCGCCCAUAUUCUGUCAGUGCAAAGGAUCAUAUCUCCGAAAGCAAGCGGGUAUAUUCAGUCCCGUCCGUCCCGUCGAUAGACUGCCCCUCGUGUGCAUCUGCCAAGUGUAGCCGAGUGGGGGGAAGCGGUUUCCGGCAAAAGUCCGAAAGGAGACGAGAGAUUCAUUUCAAUUUUGCCUAUCUAUUUCUGUGUAAAACUAAACCCGGGCAGUGCGUAAAGGGGUAAGCACAACGGACGAUACUAGAAGGUGGAAGAAGACAAGAGAGGAUAGACGGGGACGAAAUGCGCCUCAUAAUCGCGGGCGGUUCACGAACCCUCGUCGCAGCUGCAACUGCUAGCAUAGUAACAGCAACCCGACCAGCAGCAACGAGGGAGCUGGAUAACCUGUCAUGUCGGCGCCAAUAUCAUACCCAUGAAGUGAGGAGGAGGAGGAGGACAGUGGGAAGAGAGUACUCGACGACGUCUGUUUGCAUGUCCCCGUCGCCCCAACAUCAUGAUCCCAACACGUCCUUUGCCCAGGGUGCACCUCCACCCCUACCUCCACCACCAAUCUCACAGUUGUCUUCUUCAUAUGUGCCCGGGGCUCCAAAAGAGUUGGACGGAGUGGACGUGCCGCUGCCCACGACCGCAUCUUCGCAGCAGUUGAGAAAUAGUAACCUUCCUCUCACUCCAUCGCAAGACAUAAAGCAGCAAGAACAAGAUCAAGAACAAGUCUCAGCUUCAACCCGCGAGUCCUCUCAAGUACCCCCCAGCGCAUCCGAUCCCGCCGUACCCGCCACAGCCACAGCAGCAGCAGCAGGAGCAGCAGCAGCAACAAAUAAUACCACCACAGCACAACCGUCAUCAUCCUCGUCUACAACCUCUAGAUCCCUUAAGCAAAUCAUCCAAGCAAGCCCCAUCGGGCGGGCUGCAGAUUUCUACAGCCGCAUGCAAAGUCGCAGACCGUACUGGACGCAGCUGUGGUGUACGUUACUUAUAUAUUUAUGUGGGGAUUUAAGUGCGCAAUUGUUUGUGGGAGAUGGUGGGGGAAAGGAUAAAGAUAAAACCAAGGAGAAGGUUGAGAAGGAGGGGAAAGGGGGUGCUAAUGAUGAGGUGGAGAGAGAGGAGGGGAUGAUGGCACGAUAUGAUCCGCUGAGGACUGUUAGACAUUUGACAGUUGGUGGUCUGGCCGCUGUGCCAGGGUAUAAAUGGUUCAUGUUCCUUCACAACAACUUCAACUUCCCCUCCAAACCCCGCAUCUUCUCAAUCUUCAUAAAAGUAGCCAUCAACCAAACCUGCUUCACCCCGAUCUUCAACACAUACUUCUUCUCUAUGCAAUCCUUGCUUGCCGGCACCUCGCUUACGGAGACAUGGGAGCGCCUCAAACUGGCAUUACCGACUAGCAUCAUGAAUAGCGCUAAGCUGUGGCCGGCUGUCACGGCAUUUAUGUUCAUGUACGUUGAUCCGCAGUUUCGGAGCAUUUUUGCCGGUGCUAUUGCGGUCGGGUGGCAGACGUACCUCAGCUGGCUGAAUCAGAAGGCAGCGAGGGACGUUGAGGCCGCGGAGGAGGCGCAGGCGCAAACUCUGGCUGUGAAGAGGCAGAUCGGGGGAGGGGUAGGGGUUGGUGAUGCGACUGCAACUGCUGCUGUGGCGGCAGUGUCUGCUUGAAAUUUUGAAGACUACUUUUCUGCUUUACCAUUCUAGGCUACUAUGCCUUUGAAGGAUUCUUUCAUUUUAGAUUCACUUUUUCUUUUGUCUUUUCCCGCUUUUCAAUGGCUUUAUAGUAGCGUUGGAUAUGAUGUUUGAUGAGAUAGCAUUUUUUUACUCCCAAUCGGGUACUUUACGCACGUUGGGAAUGGUUAGAAAUGUAUAUAGAUUUGAUACCUAUAGAUGAAGAGGGGAUGGAGUUAUCUUUGAAUCGACAAGAUAAAUAAACUGCCUUUCUUGCCUUCUCUUCUUAUGACGUUGCGCGAAUUGUUGAA